AUGGCGAAAGACAAGGAGCGCAGCAUCAACCCUGCUGCGGCGCAGCGGAAGCAAGAGAAGAUGAAGAGCUUGAAGAAAAGCAAAGCGGAGCAAUUAGCGCGGCGGAACGAAAAGUUGGCACGUCGCAACCCAGACCGGAUUCAGCGGCAAAUCAACGAUUUCAAGUCGAUGGAGGAAUCCGGACAGCAAUUACGCCCUCGCGACAAGGAAGUCCUAGGGGCCCUCGAGCGGGAUUUGAAAGCGGUACUCAAAGCCCGAGAAGCACUGGGUGACAAAGCACCUCAAUUCCCUCAAAGCGCGAGAGGAGACUUCCAAGGGUCGCGAAGAGAGCCAGGUGAUCAUGUGCUGGGCAAGCGCAGGCGCGAAUUUGCUUCGGGUCGAUCACGUGAGGACAGUGAGGGCAGUGAAACAGACGAAGAAGUGCGAAAGAUACCAAUGCCUCGAGAUACGCCCCCUCCGAUCCCUCGCGAAUACCACAGGAGAAGGAAUGCCCCACCCACGGAAGGACCAACAGAGCGUCGUGGGCCUCAUGCGCUUCCAGCUAAGCCACCGGUGGUUGAGGCGAAGACGAUCUACGAGGCCAAGCCUGAGAUACGCGAUCUACGGAAGGAGGCGGUGAGCAAGUUUGUCCCAGCCGCGGUGCGAAUGAAGCAAGAGUCGAUCAAGGGCACAGGGAAGUUGCUGGAACCGGAGGAAAUGGACAAGCUCGAGAAGGCUGGAUAUACGGCUGGGAUCUCAGGAGGAAUGACAGCUGGUGCACCGCCAGCAGACGAGUCUGCAAUGGAGGAGCUACGGCUUCUAGAGGAGGAAGAAAGGAGGUUCAACCAAGAACAAAGGAAGCAAGCCCAUGUGGAAGAAGUGGACGAAGAGGAAGUCUGA